AUGCGCAUUUUAAAAAGAAUCCUGAUUUGUACGUCAAGCAUGAUUCAUGCUCUUAUAACAGGGCCAUUCGACACUCCAUACGAAGGGGGUUUCUUUUACUUCCUGAUACGAUGUCCACCAGAUUAUCCAAUCAGAGCGCCAAGAGUUCGGCUGUUGACCACAGGAGAUGGGCGUGUCCGAUUUAACCCUAACCUGUACAGGAAUGGCAAAGUCUGUUUGAGUAUUUUAGGCACAUGGUCAGGUCCAGCAUGGAGUCCCGCACAGAGCCUGUCUAGUGUUCUCAUCUCCAUACAGUCUCUUAUGAAUGAGAAACCAUACCACAAUGAACCAGGAUUCGAACAGGAAAGGACCCCAGGAGAUGCCAAAAGGUAUAAUGACAUCAUAAGACAUGAAACCCUACGAGUAGCGGUUUGUGAUAUGCUAGAGGGAAGGUGUCAGUGUCCACAAGCAUUAAGGGAGGUGAUGGAGAAAUCAUUUCCAGAGUAUUACGAUUACUAUGAAUCCACUUGCCUAUCCAAUUCCCACCUAACUGGACAAAAUAUGCAGGACCCAUUCGGUGAGAAACGAGGGAAAUUUGAUUAUGGUGCAAUUCUCAAAAGACUUCAGACAUUAAAAGUUAAACUGGAGGACCGAUUCUUAUCCUCAGACUGUGAGGACUUGAGUGACGACAGUGGGGGCCUGGGAGGAGGAGGAGGAGGAACAAAAGGAGAAGGAGAUACAGAGGACACUUCUAAUACAAACUCACAGACUCCAGAGACAACAAAACAUAAUAAGGGUCUACGUGUAUAACACAUACCCUGUGGGUCAAAUAUAGUCUGAUUCCCAAAUUAUUCGUGAUUAUCCCAACAUGGAAUGAGUAAAACAUUGAGAAGGGCAAGAUAAAGGAGGAACUGCAUGUUGUGUUUUUUGAAGGCUUUGAACUAGCGCUGUUUCUUGACAUGGCGGGCAGAAAAAGUGGCAUGUAUAUGUAUAUGGCUUCUUCAGCAAUAGAUAGAUUUCUGAUGGAUGUGGUUUGUGUGUAGCCACAAACCAAAGGCCAAGUUGUGCAGAGCCAGUUUAGUGGUUUACUCUGUCAUCAGCGAGUUUUAAGUGAGUUUUCAACCAAGCAGAAGUCAAUUUCUCUAGCAUUACUUAAAUAGAUGGAUUUUAAUGUGGUUCAUAUCACUGAAGACCACAGUCAAUAUUAGGCUUGUACUGAGGGCUGGCACCUUGUGAUUGAAUUUUAAAAACUGAUGAUAAUGAUAUGAUAUCAGGUGGAUAAAUAUUACACACUA